UCACUCCGAUUACGGCUCUCCGUUGACCGGACGUUGACUCAACCCAGUAUCCCCCCCAAAAUCCCAAAAUUUGCACCAUGGCUGCUGCUCGGACGCUUCGCAUAGGUCUCAUCCCCGGUGACGGUAUCGGACGGGAGGUCAUUCCGGCCGGUAGGAAAGUGUUGGAAUCUCUUCCAGCUUCUCUCAACCUCAAUUUCAGCUUCGUCAACCUGGACGCUGGUUUCGAUACCUUCAAGCAAACCGGUACUGCCCUGCCCGACAAGACUGUCGAGACCUUGAAGAAGGAGUGUGAUGGUGCUUUGUUCGGAGCUGUCAGCUCCCCGAGCACCAAGGUCGCCGGCUACUCGUCGCCUAUUGUCGCUCUCCGUAAGAAGCUGGACCUCUAUGCCAACGUCCGGCCAGUCAAGACUACCGUCGGCGGUGGCCGGAACCCUGUCGAUCUGGUCAUUGUCCGCGAGAACACCGAGGAUCUGUACGUGAAGGAGGAGCAGACUAAGGACACCCCCAACGGUAGGGUUGCCGAAGCUAUCAAGCGGAUCUCCGAGAAUGCCUCGCACCGGAUUUCCACCAUUGCAGGAGAGAUCGCCCUGCGCCGGCAGAAGAUCCGUGACGCGGCUCCCACUGCAGGCCUGCGCACGAAGCCCAUGGUGACCAUCACCCACAAGUCGAACGUGCUGUCGCAAACCGACGGCCUCUUCCGUGAGACUGCCCGCAAGGCUCUUGCCGCCGAGCGCUUCUCCUCCGUGGAGGUGGAGGAGCAGAUUGUUGACUCGAUGGUGUACAAGCUUUUCCGCCAGCCUGAGUACUACGACGUCAUUGUUGCCCCUAAUCUCUACGGUGACAUCUUGUCCGACGGUGCGGCUGCCCUGGUCGGAAGCUUGGGUCUUGUCCCCAGCGCCAACGUUGGUGACGGCUUUGCUAUUGGUGAGCCCUGCCACGGCAGUGCGCCCGACAUUGAGGGCCAGGGAAUUGCCAACCCUAUCGCCACCCUGCGUAGUGUAGCCCUCAUGCUGGAGUUCUUGGGCGAGGAGAGUGCUGCUGCCAAGAUCUACACUGCUGUUGAUGCCAACCUGGACGAGGGCAAGUACCUUUCCCCUGACAUGGGUGGAAAGGCCACGACCCAGGAGGUCCUUGAUGAUGUGCUGAAGAGGCUGUAG